ACUAGGGAUACAAACGCGACACCGUACGGUGGGCGACGGAGAAAAAGUAAUGGUGUUGUUCUUGUUCCUGGUACGGCGAUGGCGAUCUUCCUCCGAAUCUCCUCGCUUCCUCUUCCGCCUUUCCGAGAACAAUCCUAACAUUUCUCCGGUAGUCAGCCCUCUGGGCUCAUCCUGCAUCUUUCUGCCUUCCCGAGCCUAUGCGCGAUUUCCGAACGGGGCGCGAUUCGAGCGCCCCUACGGCGGCUGCAGAACAGUCGGCGGAUCCUUCGGGAUAGGGAAGAUCCCUUAUUUUUCAUGCUUUCAGGGUCCCAGACGGCUCUCUUCCCAGCCCAUGACCGCUGAUGGGCUGACGGUGGAUGCCAUAGCGGCCAAGGGCUGGCCUAUCCUCGAUGAGAGCGAGAGCGACUGGCGGAGUCACGCAGCCUCCAUCGCCCAAUCUGUGCAGCUUGUUAAGAAGCGAUUGCAGUGGAAAAAGUUGAUUGCUAGGUUGGAUCUGUUAUCUGCUGCACUAAGAAAGCCAGAUCUGUGGGAUGAUCCUACUUAUGCUUCUCGAAUAAGUCGUGAACAUGGUGAACUUCUGAACAGGAUUAAAGAUGUAAAUAGCUACGAACAAGAACUACUUGAGCAUGUGGACUUGAUCAAGCUUGCUCGGGAAGAGAAUGAUGAAGAACUGGAAUUGGAAUCUAUGAAUGUAUUGGUCAACAUGAGAAGGGAUGCUAAAGAGAAAGAACUUGAAGCUCUGUUAUCUGGGGAUAAUGAUUCCUGCUCUUGCUUUAUAGAGGUGCAAGCUGGAGCCGGAGGAACAGAGAGCAUGGACUGGGCUUCCAUGGUAAUGAACAUGUACAAAUCAUGGGCUCAACACCGUGGAUUUACAGUUACAGUUAUUGAGGAAAUGCCUGGUGAGAUUGCAGGAAUCAAGCGUGCCACAAUUAAACUCGAUGGUGAUUAUGCAUUUGGAUAUGCCAAGGCAGAAGUCGGAGCGCAUAGGCUGGUAAGGAUUUCACCUUUUGACAGCGGGAAGCGACGUCAUACUUCUUUUGCUGCCGUUGCAGUAAUUCCAAUACUCGGAGAUGGAUCCACAAAAUAUCAAAUAAAAGAAUCAGAUCUCCGAAUCGAACGCUUUCGUGCUAGUGGUGCCGGUGGCCAACAUGUCAAUACAACCGAAAGUGCAGUCAGAAUAGUGCAUAUUCCGACAGGAAUUUCUGCAACAUGUCAAAAUGAAAGAUCUCAGCAUCAAAAUAAAACAUCAGCAAUGGCAGUUCUUCAAUCUCGGUUAGAUCAGCUUGAGAUGGCCCGCCAAGCUCAAGCGACAGCAGAGCACACUCAAUCUCUUUCAGAAAUUAGCUGGGGCAACCAAAUAAGAACUUACGUCCUCCAUCCCUAUCGCAUGGUCAAAGAUCUAAGAACAAACUAUGAAGUCUCGGACCCUGAUUCUGUUCUGGAUGGCGAUCUUGAUGGCUUUAUAUUGAGUUUUUUGUCAGCUUCCCUCGAUAAAACAGACAACAACAGCGAAUGAAUCGAUGAUGAUGUGUUUCGGUGCGGCCCAGGUCAGUUUGCAUCAAAAGGACUUCUGUUUCCGGCAAUAUGAUGCAAGCUUUCACCUUCCAUGGCUUUGAAAUCCAUGUAAUUGAUAGACUCAUGUAAUUGAUUUAUGGUGCCUUUCUCCAUCCUUCACAACUUAAUCCAGUUCGCAUCUGGUUCAUGUUUUAGGCGAUUUGUUUCUAAUUAUCAUUUAUUUUUCUA